ACAGAAUAUAUAUAAUUCUUCAUGGCGGUGUGUUAUCACCUCUGUAUCGGUGUGUUACUAGCGGCCGACAAAAUUUCUAUAAAGGAAUCGUACGUAAAUUGAUUCAAUUCGUUUAAUCAACCGCUGCUCUACACGCAAAAUGGAAUUAAUCAGAAAUGUAUGGAGAAAGUCUACUUUUUUAUACAAGAGCGGUGUACAAGCGUCGCUGAGACACAGCACUACAUCAAAUGUAGCCGAGGUAGCGGUGUUUUCUCGAGAUGGUGAUUCCGGCUUGACUAUCACGGAUGCCGGAGACACAAAGCCAAAGGAUGAUAUAAUUUUUAAUGCUCUUGGAGCAACCGACGAAUUGUCCUCUUAUAUAGGACUAGCGAGAGAAUUUGCAUGCGAUGGAAAGAUUGAACAUCCAUAUGUCGAUAAACUCAAAAGAGUACAAAUGAUUUUGUUUGAUCUGAAUCAUGCCAUAUCAAAGUCUGUACCUGGGAAAACCAGAUCCUUUGAAAGCAAGCAUACCAAAGAUCUUGAAGAAUGGAUUCUCGAAUAUGCAAAUCAACUACCACCUCCAGAGGAUUAUAUCAUUCCAGGUGGUGGGAAAGCAUGUGCCUCCUUGCACGUCGCACGAACGGUAUGUAGACGUGCGGAAAGAAGUAUCACAACUCUGGUGCGAGACGGUGCUCUAGAUAAAGAGGCGCAAACGUAUUUGAACAGAUUAUCAGACUUCCUUCUAACAGUAUCACGUAUUGCAGCCAAAUGUGACCAACGCACGGAAAAUAUAUAUAUUCCGCGGGCAGAAGUAACCGAGGAAAAAUAAAAGGACUGAUUUAGAGAAUUUUGUAGGGUACACUUUUGCCUUUAGAAGUAUAAUCAAUAACCAUGUACACAAAUACAAAUAACUGUAAUGUAACUGGGUGUCCUAAUAUAUAAUAUAAUGAAUUAUCUCUGAGCUAAUAUCUGCCUAUAUAUGUUUUAUGCCCAUCAGACAUAAGACAUAACUAUGGUUUGCUAUUUUGCCAAAUUAAUUAAUAUACCUAUGAAAAUAUCACAAAUCUAUAGAUAUAUAGCAUAUUAUGUUCUUUUAUUUGACAAUAUUUUCAAACAAACAUUAAGAUUAGAGGGAAAAAAUAUAUUAAGAUGCUCAAUUGUAUCCUGAUGAAAAUAAUUGUUAAUUUUAUCAAUAACAGCAGUAUUUUAUAUAUACAGGAAAGAGAUACUGUUGUAUGUAGAUAACAUAAGUAAGAAAUUGUAAAUAUAAAUACAAA